AUGGACAACAUACUUCGUUCACUUUUGGCUGCAAAUAACCUCGAUGAUGCCGUAAAAAUAAAGUUUGUUGAAAAACUUUUCACGACAGUUUAUAAAAUGGCAGAAAGUGAAUGGAAGUUGCUCUGUGAAUUUUCAUAUGAGCUUUUAAAAGAAAGCUCUACUCGGUUACACGCCGAGAUUGGGGAAAUGAUUCUUCGUUGGAUAGCACACACCCAACAAAAAAUAUAUUUAGAUCAUUUCAAUUCAAGGGCGCUCGAAUGUUGCUUCAUACAUGCAAUCAGUUCAACAUUCCAGCAUCUACGAGCAACAUCAAAAGUAAUCAAAUACAAAUAUGAAAUAGCAGAAAAUACAGUGAGUGUUGAGAAAGACUUACGAAUGUUGAGAAGUCAAAUUGAAAAAUAUUAUGAUGUAAUUAAAGGACGACGGGAUUGGCAAAUGUUGCUUGUAACUAUGUUUUACGAUCUACCGAAGUCAAUCCCGUCAGAUCGAAAUAUCGUAUUAAAUAUACUCAUUAAUAGUUUGGCAAAUUUAACUGAUGAACCCACGGACGAUUUUGUAAAAAAAUCAGUUGAUUUGAUUGAAUACUUAUGGGGAGAGAGCUCAGAUACGAUACCUCUUUCAAUAAAUGAAAUUUUCACGAAACUCACAUCAAGUCAACAAUGUUCGACACCAUUAAUUAUUUUGAUUAGCAAAAUACCUAUAGAGAAAACGUCAGUUAUUUUACCAUAUCUCCAGAAAACUUCCCGCGAAGGUAUUUCGCGGUUGGAAACAGGCAUUCAGCAAAUGAUUCGAAUAAUACCACACCCAUUAUCAAAAAAUAUAGGAGUUUGGAUCGUUAAAUUAAUGGAAGCAUUAGUGUUCACGAGGAAUAUUGAUUUAUUAUUGCGUAUUACACGUACAAAUGUCCUUACAUUGUUCAAAUAUUUGUUGACCCGUAAAUCUCGUCAGGACGCAUUAUUAGUUAUCAGAUACACCCUAUUAGGAUAUCAGGCAGCAAAUGAUGUGUUCCACACAAUUGUCCCACUAUUUCCUGAUGUAUUAGAUGUUUUAUUUCAAGAUGGCGAAACAGAUAUUUUGUUGAAACUUUCUGGACUUGCGCAAUGUCUUAUGCACCGAUUUCCAAGUCAUAAUGGAAUAUACAUUCCUCUUACAAAUAAAUUAGAUAGCCUGUCAAUGGAAAUUAUGCGUACGUUACAAGAAAACACAUGGAAUAAAAGAAUAUAUUCUUCAGGUUCCAUAACAGAAUCGGUUUACAGAACGGCAUCUAGACCUUUGAAACCGAAAAAAAAGAUUGGAUUAAAUAACUUAGGAAACACAUGUUUUAUGAAUAGCGUAAUUCAGGCAUUAUUUAAUACAACAGAAUUUCAACAUCGUAUAUUACAAACUUCAUGUCCCAGGAUUAGAACUUCAACAUUAAAUCAACUUCAACAAUGUUUUAACUCCUUGAUGGAGGAUAAAGCUUAUAUUUCACCGUCAGCAUUAUUGGAGACUUUACCUAAAUGGCUUAAUAAUGGGCGACAACAAGAUUGUCACGAGUUUCUAAAAAUUUUGUUCAGUCAAAUUGAAGAAGAAUCAAAACAAUACAUGUCCAAUAACAUUAAAAGAACUAAAUUCAAUCAUCCCCAACGGAUUAAUACUAAUCAACCUAAUCAAUCCGACAUACCUAUUUCACCAUUUGGUGGUAUUUUGGUAAAUACAAUUAAAUGUUUAUCUUGUGGAAACAGAUCGAGAACGAAGGAGGAAUUUCACGAUUUGACUUUAUCACUUCAAAUUGAAAGUGAACGUGAAAAUCUUUCUUUUACCGAUUUAUUAUCUGAAUUUUUUUCCGCGGAAGAAUUAAAAGGCGAUAAUCAAUAUCAUUGCGACAAAUGUAGCGGUUUGCAGGAUGCAUUGAAAACCACAAGAAUAUUAGUUCCUCCAAGAUAUUUAAUAUUAUCACUUAAUCGAUUCGAAUAUGAUAAGAAAUAUGCACGAAGAAUUAAAAUCAUGACUCAUGUUUCAAUCCAAGAUACUUUGUCAUUGUCAUACAUUUUGAAAAAGGAUAAGAAUGUUUCAAAGGUAACACGAAAAAGUGCCAAACAUAAAAUCAAUCAUUAUGUAAAUGGUAGUGGUACCAAUGGGAUAAUAAAUGGUGUUAACGGAAAUCAUUUUAAUGGUUAUACAAAUGGCAUUACUAACGGCGUUGAAACUAAUUCAACUAAUUCAACUAAUUUAAUGAAUACAACGAAUGCAACGAAUUCAGCGAAUUCAAUGAAUUCAAUUAAUACAGCGAAUUUAACGAAUACAACGAAUUCAACGAAUACAAUGAAUUCUCUCGGUGGUGAAAUAAAUAGAAAAGCUGAAUAUGAUUUAUCAGCGAUAGUCAUACAUUCUGGUUCAUCGGCAGAAUAUGGACAUUAUUAUACAUAUGCCAAAGAUGAAGGGCGUUGA